CUCUUGUAUAUUACAUUACGAGGAGCGAAGCUGAAAGUGAAAAAUGUUGCGGCUCGGCGUCAAUGGGAAGGGGUGAAUGGGGACUUUAACGUACGUGUGUGUGUGUGGCAUGAAAAGCUUGUCUGCAGGCUAGGACGGUCCUUCGCUCUCACAUCUGAACACUGAGUUCUUCCUAGUUUGCCUGGCUUCUUUUCAGCUUCCCCAUGCCUCCAUCUCCUCUAGACGACAGAAUUGUGGUGGCACUGCCAAGGCCAGUCAGACCUCAGGAACUCAAACUUUGCUUGGACGAUAACUACCUGGAUUCCGUCAAGGCAGGACGUCAGGCCGUCAUCAGCUCAACUGUGGUGAAGAUUCGGACGACUAAUUUCACUUAUAUGCCCUCAUCCAACGGCUCCACCCGCUCUUUGUCAUGCGGAUGCAGCAGUGCUAGUUGCUGCACUGUGACCACGUACGAGAAGGACAGCCAGAGCCAAGGACCGGUCAGCGCCAGUGCCCCAAACCUGACAUCGGAAGCGUGCCCCACUGGCCCCACCAACCAGAUGGUCAACAACAACAAUGAGGCCAUAAAUGCACCUGGUGGGAUCGGAAGUCCAAUCUCUGGACCUGCUAAGCAGCUUCCUGGAUUUCGGACCAUCUACCCCAAUGAAUUAGCCAAGAAGAUUACCAGAUGUGCCAAGGGUCACCCGUCGACUCCCGGGCCGGUCAUUAUUGACUGUCGGCCUUUCAUGGAGUACAAUAAGGGCCACAUUCAAGGUGCUGUUCAUAUCAAUUGCUCAGAUAAAAUCAGCAGGAGGAGACUUCAGCAAGGCAAGAUUACGGUGUUGGACCUUAUCUCUUGCAGGGAAGGCAAGGACUCCUUCAAAAGGAUUUUUUCCAAAGAAAUCGUAGUUUAUGAUGAGAAUACCAAUGAGCCAAACAGGGUGAUGCCAUCCCAGCCUUUACACGUGGUGCUGGAAUCCUUGAAAAGAGAAGGAAAGGAUCCUCUUGUUUUAAAAGGUGGGCUGAGCAGUUUCAGGCAAAACCACGAAAACCUCUGUGACAACUCCCUUCAGCUCCAAGAGUGCCUGGAUUCGGGGGCUGCAUCCGCGGUGGUGCCAUCGAUAUCCCACCCGCUACCCACCACUCCCGACAUUGAGAAUGCAGAACUGACCCCCAUACUACCUUUCCUGUAUCUCGGCAACGAACAUGACGCUCAGGACUUAGAAAAGAUGCAGAAAAUGAACAUUGGAUAUGUCAUUAACGUCACCACUCACUUGCCUCUCUUCCACUAUGAGAAAGGCAUCUUGAACUACAAAAGGCUGCCGGCCACGGACAGCAACAAGCAAAAUCUCAGGCAAUACUUCGAGGAGGCCUUUGAAUUCAUUGAGGAGGCACAGCAGGAUGGCAAGGGGCUCCUUAUUCACUGUCAAGCUGGUGUGUCUCGUUCUGCUACCAUCGUGAUAGCGUACCUCAUGAAGCACACGAGAAUGACCAUGACGGACGCUUACAAGUUUGUUAAAACAAGAAGACCAAUUAUCUCUCCCAACCUGAACUUCAUGGGGCAGCUGUUGGAAUUUGAGGAAGACCUCAACAAUGGCAUCACUCCUCGAAUCCUUACGCCAAAGUUAACUGGUGUAGAAACCAUCGUGUGAACGGAAGGUACAUGGUCAGUUUUUGGCGAUGAUGAUUUAUUCUUUCAAGGAGUUAUUCACUGGAAGACCUUGAACUGUGAGAUGAGCUCGGGUUUUAGACGACACUUUUAAAUUGUGGCAGCGGUGAAGGAUCAUGGAACGCAUACGCAGCGUUUUUUAAAAAAGGAAAAAACGGCCGCGUGUAUGGCUUUGGUUUUGAAAACCGGUGUGGAGGUACUCGUGUAUUUGUUUAUUGGACCAGUCGCAAACAGGGGUACAGAAUAAUUGCAUUGAAAAAGACGUACUUUGUGUUUUGUUUUUUUUGGUGUUGUCUGUGCAGGAACAUGGGCAGGGAAAUUGGUGUGUCUGUCAUGCUCAUGACGACGAGAGGGUCACUGCACCAGCGGACAAAAGACGGUUACACCGGGAAUGAGAAGACAGCAUCAUGCAGAUGGACUUUAUAUAUUUUUAAUUUAGCGUGUUCAUUUAGUACUUCUAUUUUUAUAUGGUAGAAAUCUUGGAAGAUGUAAAACAAUUUAAAUAAUAAUAAUAAUUGACCAUGUUAUGUAUGCCCUUGGUGGUUUAAUGUGCAAUAAUUUCACUGAGAAAAAAAAUCAUUGACGCUGGGCAUAACUGUACAUAGAGUGCUACUCUUGCCAGUUGAGAAAUAAUUUCUAUUUUUUUUUUUUUUGUUUGAAUUUUUGUUUCCUUUUUUUGAAAAAUUCUGGGUACUACGCCAAAAACCUUAGUGCAGAUGUAUAUCAGAAUGUUAAAA